AUGUUGAAAAUAAUUGUUUUUGUUUCAUUGUUAAUCGCCCAUACUUUUGUAUCAUCCGAGUACAUAUUCAAAGGUUACGAUGAGAACUUCCAUCCUGAAUGGUGGCAAACCGAUAUCAUCUACCAAGUUUACGUGAGGUCUUUCAAAGACACUAAUGGCGAUGGAGUUGGAGAUCUUAAUGGUGUCACUGAAAAAGUUGAUUACUUCAAAAGCAUAAACGUCGGUGCCAUUUGGUUAUCGCCAAUAUAUACUUCUCCACAAGAUGAUUUUGGCUAUGACAUAUCGAACUACAAGAUGAUCGAUCCGUUAUUCGGUACCAUGGCGGACUUUGAUCGUUUGAGAGAUACAUUCCACAAAAACGGGAUAAAAGUAAUAAUGGACUUUGUGCCGAACCACACCAGCGACGAACACCCGUGGUUCAACAAAUCCGUUCAAAGAAUAGAACCGUACACGAACUAUUACGUGUGGAAAGACGCGAAAUACGAUAAAGACGGCAACCCAAUUCCUCCGAACAACUGGCUGAGCGUGUUCAACAAAGGUUCGGCAUGGGAAUGGAACGAAAUCCGACAGCAGUACUACUAUCACGCGUUCCAAGUGAAACAGCCCGACUUGAACUACAGGAACCCAAUGGUCGUGGAGGAAAUCAAGAACACGAUACUCUUCUGGCUGGGACGGGGUGUGGACGGGUUCAGAUUCGACGCCGUCAACUUCCUGUACGAGAGCGAAGGACUGGAGGACGAACCGAAAUCCAACUAUCCCGGUGUGUACGACACCGAUUACGGAAGUCUGAUCCAUACGUACACGCUCGAUCAACCGGAAACGUACCAAAUGGUCUACUCGUGGAGGCAAACGGUGGACGAGUAUUCGAUGUACGAGAAAAUACCCAACUUCUUCAUGGUCGAAUGCUAUUCGCCGCUGAACUACACCAUGCUGUACUACGGCAACACGACCCAUCCCGGUGCUCAUUUCCCGUUCAACUUUUUCCUCAUCAGCUCGUUCAACCGAGAGUCCGACGCACAACACGUGUUCGACGUGGUCAAAUCGUGGAUGUUGAACAUGCCCGAAGGGAAGUGGGCCAAUUGGGUGCUCGGGAACCACGACAACUCCAGGGUCGGUUCCAGGACGCACCCGUUGUUGGUCGACGGUCUGCACAUGAUGCAAUUGCUGUUGCCGGGCACGCCGAUCACGUACUACGCCGACGAGCUCGGUGUCGGGGAUACGUACGUCCGAUGGAAUCAGACCGUGGACCCGGCCGGUGUUAACGUGGGCCCCUUCCGGUACACACAGUUCAGCAGAGACCCCGCGCGCAGCCCUUUCCCCUGGGACGAUUCGCGCAACGCAGGUUUCACUAACGCGUCGAAAACUUGGCUGCCCGUCAACCCAGAAUAUUGGCACGAGAACAUGGUGGAGCUGUCCAAGCACAAGAGCCACCUGAGAACGUACAGACAGCUGUCGCGUCUGAGACAGAUCCCGACGAUUGUCAAAGGAGAUUUGCACGUAUACUUGCUAUCGAAAUGGGUGUUCGGUUUCUCGAGGAGUUAUUAUGAUCAUCCAACGUUCUUUAUCGUCAUUAACUUUGGCAGUGAACUAGAAGUUAUUAACAUACAGGCGGCUAGACCGACCUUACCGGAUAUUCUAAAAGUAAAAAUUUCCAGUGUCAAUUCAGGUUACGUAACUGGCAAUCUGUUGAGAUCAAGUCAAAUAAUAUUAAGACCGAAAGCAAGUAUUGUUCUGUCUACAUCAAGAAUGAAUGAGGACGCUUAAAUAAUGCAACAACGAUUGAAUUUUUAAGACAAAUUUUCGCUGUUAAAAUCAAAUCACCAAAUGAAUAAAAUAUAAAAUUACUUUAUAGACA